CGUGACACAAGAUGAGGAGAUGUAGUCAGCGAGACUACAUCUCCCAGCAGGCAUUGCUGACAAUGAUACCGAUCACAUGUUCCGCUCCUGGCCAAUCCUAUGUCACUUUCUUCUGUCUGCUUCCUAAGCAGUGAGACAGGAAGAUACAGAACAUCGGCAGCUCCACUCGAUGCGCCGGCAGCAGCCUCCCAGGCAUCCUUCUCGCUAGGGAGAUCCCCUGGAAGGCUCCAACGGCAUGCAGCCAUCUACAUACAGUAGUGCGCUGGCUUUGUCUGCUUGGCCACGCUAACCAGCGGUAGCAGCCUCAACAUCUAUUGGGAAUAUGAGUCACUAAAAAUGGCUGAACAAUUAAUGAUAAGUGAACAAGAUAAGAUAAGUGUAACUUCACAAUCUUCAGUAGCCAGCCAUUCAAGUGAAGAAAGCAUUGUGUCAGUUCAAGAAAGUGAUACAUAUGUGAAGUUAUCAGCUGAUAUUAAGAAUGUGGAAGACGGUAAAUUAUGUAAUGAGAUCAAACCAGAAAAAGGAAUACAUUUAGUACCCGACAAAGAGCUCACAGACAUCUCCGCUACUCCUAUGUCUUUACUACCAAAGGAAUCUGGAGUAAGACAACCAACUGAGAAAAUAAUAGAAAGGAAAACCCUUGAGGAAUCUUUGUCACACAUCCCAAUGGAUACAUUCCAGAAAGUGUGCAGCACAGACAAUGGCAGUGCAUCUACAGCUAGUAGAGAAGACAGAGUAUUAAAUACGUUUCUCACUAAUAACUCAGAUAAGUUUCAGCCUGACAUUGACGAUGAAACUACCACUGAAUUUGAAAGCAUUUCUUAUCCACCAGCUUUUGACAUGCAUGUGAGUGGUAUGGGCGAUAAGCCAUAUGGGUGUAAAUAUUGCACACGCAGAUUUUCCCACAGAUCAAGCCUUUACCGGCAUCAGAAAAGCCACACAGGAGAGAAGCUUUAUAAGUGUUCUGAAUGCAAUAAAUCAUUUACCAACUCCUCAAAUCUCAAUGUCCAUUCGAGAAUCCACACUGGGGAAAAGCCAUAUGAGUGCAAUGGGUGCGGGAAGAAGUUUACACGCAAAUUUGCCCUUGACCAGCACCUGAAAAUCCACAGACAAGAAAAGUUAUACAUAUGCUCACACUGUGGAAAGAGCUAUUCAGACUAUUUCUUUCUUCUUAAACAUCAACAAAUGGAAAAGUCUUCUGCCACGCGUAUUCCUGACAGUAUUAUGAAAUAAAUCAUAAGUAUUAUACAUUUUG